AUGGCAACAAUAUCUAAUUGUGGCACAACAAGACAAAAACCACGGUUAGAUCUUAAUGGAUACUCAUAUAUAAUGGACCGCUCAACAAGUAAAAUGACUUACUGGCGUUGUAUAAAGUUUCAUUCACAUCAUUGUCAUGCUCGUCUUCAUACAUGUAUUAUUACAAACAAUGUCAUCACAUCACCAACAGAUGAUACAUGUAAACUGGAUGGUACAACACUUGAACAUCGAAAAUUCAACGAACAAAUUACCUCUCGUGCUCUUAAUACUGAAGAAACACCAGAUAUUAUAACUACACACUGUUACAAAUACUUAUCUGAUCCAGGAUUAGCUCGUUUACCAUCACGUGAUAAUAUUAAAAGAAGAAUAAGAAAGUUACGCCAAGGAAAAAACAUUGUUCAAAUACCUAAUGAUCCUAAUUUUUCAAUCAUUCCAGUUCAAUUGACGAAAACUUUUCGUGAAAACCAGUUUCUACACUGUGACACAGGUCCUGAUGGAACAUUUAAAGUUGUUCCGGAGAUAUUCUAUCAGCUUUAUAUUAUUUAUUUGGUUUAUCGUCGUCAUGUAAUGCCAGUGGUUUACGCUUUAUUACGUCUUAAAGAUGCUGAAACAUACAAACGUUUAAUUAAUGAAAUACUGAAGUUUGCACUACGUUGGCUUCCUGAAACAAUAAUGCUAGAUUUUGAACAAGCUUGUAUUAAAGCAAAUCAAACAAGUUUUCCAACUGCUAUAUUAUCAGAUUGCUAUUUUCACCUUCGACAAAAUGUACAUCACAAAAUACAGGUACUCGGACAUCAAUCAAAAUACCAAGAUGAUCCAUUAUUUGCACAUAAUAUUCAUAAAAUAGCAGCAUUAACAUUUUUACAAUCAAGUCAAGUGAUCGAUGAGUUUCAACGUUCAUCAAUGGAUCUUGGAGAUGAUUAUGAAAUAACACUUGAGUAUUUUGAACAAACAUAUAUCGGUAAGUAG